AGUGAUCGACAUUUGUACUAUUUAGGUUUAAGGGGAGUUUACAGAAACAAAAGGAAUAAUGAAAGAGAUUAUGGAGAAGAUGAGGAAGAGUACGCAGGGGAAGACUCUCCAGGUUCACUGGUAGCGUCUGAAACUUCCAGAGCUCCCAUUGUGGAAGAAGAACUGGACUCUGAGACUGAACUGAUGUUACAAAUGGGCCUCCCAGUAAAGUUUGGCGGAUCAUCAUAUGAGAAAAACUUUUUGUUACCAGAUCAUUCUGAGAAACAACAUAAAAAUAGAAAGAAGAGCCGGAGCAAGCACCAGAAAUGUAAAAAUGAGAGCUGUACAGAAGCUGUGGUAGAGCUGACACGAGAUGUUGAAGAGGAUGGUAGUAAAAAUCCUGAUCAGAGUGAAAUGAGAGAGAGCCCACUAAUGGUCUCUGAGAGCGGAGAUGCUCUGCAACCCAAAUCUUCAGAUUCCACCAUACAGGAGAGUUGGGAAAAUUAUUGGAACCAGUAUGGACAAGGGCUGCUGUGGCAAGAUUGGGUUGUUAAGAACCCAGAGAUCAGCCAGAAUAACUCUGAACCCUGGAAUUCUCCUGAGACCACGGAAGAGUGGAAUAAACAUUAUAAUGAAUCCUACUGGCAUUAUUAUGAGCAGUUUCACUACUGGGCACAGCAGGGAUGGACUUUUGACUCACCACGAGACUCUGCUGAAAAAAACCCAGCUGAACAUGGUAUAGAUGAUGCAACACUCCCAAACUGCUCUCUGCAGUUGCUGCCAAGUCUGAAAGAAGACAUUGAUCGUUUAUGUGAUGACGUUGUGAAUGGACUGGAGAAUAUAAAUCUUAAUAUAAAGGAAACUGAGCAACACUGUGAACCUUUAAGUGUUAUUUAUGAGAGUCAUCAGGCACAGGACACAGGGAGCCUUGAAAUGCAUUGUCCUUGUGAUCCUGAUCAUUGUGAUCGCAGAGGUGGUGGUUCAGGGGAGACAGAUGCACCAUCUGGACAUUCUGCAUCCAGUCAGCCAGUGUCACAACUGAGUCCAGAGAAUACUGUACAGAAAGGACAAGUGAAAAGCAUUAGGAAUGAAGGGGAGGAUGAAGAUGAACCUCCAGAGUGCAAGCAAGCAAAAAUCAAGAGGAGUCAUGAACUGGACAUUGAGGAGAACCCAUUGGAAGUGCUUGCUGAAUCUUCCACUAUCCUUGGGCUAAAGCAUGGCAAAGGACAGAAAUAUGGAGGAAUGCCACACUUCAGGCAUCGGACUCUGCGCUAUCUGGAUAAAGGAGUCAGGCACCGCUCUCAUUUCCUGGAUAUGCACAGACGUGUGAAUGUUAAGAACAGCCAUAUAUUUUUUGCAGAUGAAUCGGAAAUGAAAUCCACACAAAGUAAAACGUUAAAAAAGGUGCAGACAUUCCUGAGGAAGAUGGAAGGACCUGCUGAGGGUGAAAUAAAUGAAGAUUUGCCAGAGGUGGAGGAUUCUCUCAGUAGUUCUGACUCUGAAGGACUGGACUCUUCAAAUAUCAAAUCAUCUGCUGAUGUACACAAGGAAUUUUACCUCCAAGAAGCUUCUGAGGAACAUAGCCAUCCUGAUAUCAAUGACACCUCUGAAUUACAUGAUGCUAAAAUGCAGUCUGACUUACUAGAAGACACCAAGGAAGGCAAAGAGACAAAUUGUAAAUUGCCUUAUAAUGCCAUCUGGUGUUCAGAAAAUGAAAAUUCAGCUCAGCAACAGUCGAGGAAUAGUGCAGACUCAAAAAGACAGCUGAUCUCGCUAGAAAUUCCAAGCUAUCUACAGGUUGAAUCAGAAGAGAUGAGAAAUGGCUUUCAGGUGACAUCUACAGACAAAAGCAAUAGAAAGAAAAAGAAAAAAAGUAAAAAGAAAAUGUCUUUACUGCCACCAGAAAUUGCUGGUGAUCCACACCUUGCCAAAUACUGGGCCCAGCGCUACAGACUCUUCUCUCGAUUUGAUGAAGGGAUACAACUGGAUGAAGUCAUUGCUAUAGAUAUUGACCCUGUAAAAUUGGAUCUAGCUUACAACAACGCCAAGGUGUAUGGAGUGGAAAAUCAGAUAGAGUUCAUCCGUGCAGAUUACAUGUGUGUUGCUCCUGACUUGAAGGCAGAUGCUGUUUUCCUCAGCCCACCAUGGGGAGGUCCUGACUAUGUCAGCGCUGAUAUUUUUGACAUCAAGACCAUGAUGAAUCUUGAUGGCUUUGAAGUCUUCCAGCUUUCCCAGCAGAUAACAAAAAACAUUAUCUAUUUUGUGCCACGUAACACUGAUGUUGAGCAGGUGGCAUCUCUGGCUGGCCCUGGUGGACAAGUUGAAAUAGAACAGAAUUUUCUCAACAAAAAAUUGAAGACAUUGACUGUUUAUUUUGGAGAUCUAAUUCGGAAACCAUAG